AUGACUAUCAAGAGCCACUUCACUCCUCCCCCACUCAAGGUCGCCAUUAUUGGCGGUGGUCCUGGAGGACUGGGUGCUGCAAUAGAGUUCGCCAAGCUGCACUACGUCGACUGGACGCUUUACGAAAAGAAACCCCAGAUCAGCGAAACAGGUGGCGGCAUCAGUUUGCAACAGCACACUUGGAGACUGCUAGAGUUGAACGGAGCAGCCAAGAACAUAGAUCCAAAUGACUUCUUCAGGUCUCCAGAUGGCACGAGUGGGCAACAACGGAAUGGAAGGACCGGAAAGCUCCUACAACAAAGCAGUCACCCCAAGGACACGCCACCGCAACAGUUGAGUUGCCGUAUGGUGCGGGCUAAGCUACAGGCUGCCCUACUCAAAGAUGUCGAUCAGUCGCGUGUCAAAACCUCGAAAAAGCUGAUUGAUAUAUCUAUUCUACCAAGCGGCAGGGUCGAGAUCCGUUUCGAAGACGGGUUAACCGACGAAGUGGACCUGCUUGUUGGAGCUGACGGAAUCCGCUCAAUCAAGUAUAACGGCCAAUCUGCCUACCGCACCAUCAUUUCAAAAUCGACAGUUGAGGAGAUCGAUGGGAUCCCGAAGUCUCCCGUCUUCUGGCAAAACACUGGCGGAAAAUACGUGUUCACCUGUCCUCUGGGUGGAGAUGAUUUCGAAGUCACCGCGCGCAUCCGUCGCCCAAUCGAGGGCCAGGAACAUGUCAGCUGGGGCCGUCCCUUUGAUUUCUCCACCAUCGCAUCAGAGUAUGACGAGUUCUGUGAACCUGUCCGAAAGGUCAUACAGCUUGCCGCUCAAGGCAAGACCGAAGAGUUUGCCCUUUUCUCGGGAGCCCGGCUUGAAAGCGUCAUUUCUCAUGGUGCCUUGGCCCUAAUUGGAGACGCUUCUCACCCCCUCUCUGGCGCUUUCGGAGCUGGAGCAGGCUUUGCAUUGGAAGAUGUUUAUGCCUUGACUCGGGGUAUCGACUGGGCACAACGGAACGCAAAGGGGUUGCCGGCGGCGCUAGAGCUCUAUGACCAGAUCAGAUCUCCGCACUAUCGUGAUCUAUACGGAGUUCUGGACAACUUUGCCGCACUCAACUCCGCAUUACUGGCUGAGAAUCUUCCUGUAAAUGAGGAAAUUGAGGAGCGAGUAAAAAGAGCGGGCGAGAGUAAGAGUACUUGGAUGUACCACUAUGAAAUAGACACGGCCGUCGACCAGUUUCUCAGAGCGGCUAAUCGACCCGGCCAGGUGGCAGCUGUUCUUUGA